UCCACUCUGCUCUGUGGCUGGACCGCGGGACCGUCACGCAUACGGCGCGUGUUCAAUAUUAUUUUCGGAAUUCUUAAUUUAUUUUACCCGUUUCAUUUGUGUUUAUAUAUUGAUGUUAUCACACGUGGCGUUCUCCUCAAAUUGGCGCUAGAAUUACCUGUACAUUUAAUUACUUAAUUUACGGCUUGAAGAGUAGAUAUGAAUAUUUGAGCAGCUCGCAUUGCAUCCUAACAGUUACAGUAAUAAGGAGUUUCCGUGCCGUUAUACCUUACUGAACGCAGACAUGGUUGUAUUGAAGAAGCUAGUGCUCCUGGCCAACAAUGGCCUGCGGAGUAAAGGAAAUCCGUUCCGGCCGCUGCUCUCCUGCGCCCCCGUGGCCGUGGUGGGCUGGGACCGCGGCGCGCACUCCCAGGACAUCACCAAGAACAUCCAGUACAUCUCCAACGAGAAGAUUAAGCUCACAGCCGACCCUAACACUAUGAAACUCGACAAGCAGAUCAACCGUCCCCUCUGCGUGAUGAUUAACUGGCUCCUCGCACGCCAAAAGCACGUCAUGAAAUACGCGACUCUAUACCUGGAGCAAGGGUUUGACGUGCUCAGCGUGUCGUGCACGCCGUGGCAGCUCAUAUGGCCUGUUAAGGGAUCGCAGUUGGUAGCCGGUGACCUGCUGAAAUUCAUCACCGCGAACGACUCCCACUCGACGCUGAUGGUGCACGGGUUCUCCGUCGCAGGCUACAUAUGGGGCGAGCUGUGCGUCCACUCACUCAGGGACCCUAAAACUUACCAACCCGUCCUGGACCGCGUGUCGUGCCAAGUGUGGGACUCGGCGGCUGAUAUCAGUGAGAUCCCCAUCGGGGUGCCAAAGGCCGUGUUCCCCAAGAACCAAAUCAUGCAGACGACGCUCAGGACUUAUAUGGAAUACCACAUGAAGGCCUUCCAAGAAGCCGCGACCCGCCACUACAUCCGCUCGUCGCAGAUGUUCCACACCAACCCGUGCCGCGCGCCCGCGCUGUUCCUGCUGUCCCGCUCCGACCCCGUGGGCGCCGAGCGGAGCAACCGCGCCGUGCAUGACAGCUGGGUGGAGAUGGGCAUCAAGUGCACCUGGAAGUGCUGGGACAAGUCCCCGCACGUGCAGCACUACACCUACCACCCGAAGGAGUACUUGGCCUCUUUGUACGAGCACCUCGACAAGUACGGGCUCGUCUCGCAGCCCGAGAAGAUGCGCAUGCGGUUAUAACUCGAGGAAAAGUGAACCUUAUGUCCAGGAAAUAACAUCUAAGCUAAAAACGUGAUUCAGGAUGACAUGAAUAGUCGACGUCGAAGAUAGUUAGUCAGGGGACAACCGAAACUUACUAAAUUAAUUUUUAACAAGCAGAAACGUCUGCGAUCGAUGCUAUUAAGCUUAGAAUAAAUUCUAUGCGAAACUUACUAAUAAGGUAUUUUCCACAUGUUGAAUUUUAUAACUAAAACUAGUUAAAUAGAUAGAAAAUGAGCAAUUUAUCACAAUAAAUUGGAAAUUUAAAGAUGUUUAAUAAAUAAAUACAUCAAAAUUUAAAAAAUAUUUUUUUUUAACUACCAAAUAGAAAAAAAAUGGUACUAUUCGAUUCCUUACAUUUUAUUUAAAAAAAAUUGUAGGGCACCAAUAUACAUAAACGCAAUAUUUGACUGACAAUAUCGCAAUUUCCUUGUUUUCCACGGCUUCUAACUCUUCUGGUGACGUCACGAUUUAAUGUUUCUGUAUGAAGCGUUUCGUCAGUAGUGGCGAUGCCAGACUUUGACCAUCAUUUGUGACUUUUGUAUUGCUUUAAUGGGUCCCAUACAGACAUUUGAUCCUCAAAACAAACCCGAUCGACUGAUACUAUUAAUAAAAAAUGCAUUGCAAAAAAAAAAGUUUAACUAAAAUCAACCAACUUGUUUUAUUACUUGAACGAUUCACUAUGUUUUAAAUAUAUUAAUAACGGGUCACUCACGUAUUUUAAGUCGAAAAACGCUCGACAUGUUUCACUCCGUACCGAGGAGUCUCAUCAGGAGCUUGCGUUGACGGUGACGGUCACUAUGGCUCAGAACUUGUAGUAAUUAUGAAUUUUGGUUGUAGCCUGACGAUUAUGCACUACAAAUUUUCAAUAAGACUACAAUUCUUGUAGAAAGUUCACAAAGGACGUUACUAAUAUGAUGUUUUUACGAUAUAUCAUAUUUCCUGGACAUAAUGUGCACUUUAGCUGCAGAUAAUAUUAAUUAUCUACAUUGAAACACCUAUGUAGAACUGCAGUGUAUUGUACAGUCGCCGUCAGUUAUAUCGGAGCGGCCGAGGUGCUCAAAAAUAUCUGAACACACACACUAAUCCCUUGACAAUAGAGGCGUGUUCAGAUAUCUAUGAGCACCUUGGCCGCUCCGAUAUAUCUGAUGUAGACUGCUUAACAGAUAAAGACUGGCCAGCGAGUCGUGUUACAUAAAAGCCUGGAAAAAAGUUAUACUAUGAAAUGUCAGCUUGUUUGAUGGGAAAAAUUGUUACUAUAAUUAGACAAAAGCUAUAUUUGUGCCAUUUUCAAUCAAAAGGGUACUUAUUGUCGGUUGUCAAUAAGGCGCUAUUUCCAUACAGCUUCAAUUUGAAAUCAACCUUAUUGACAAGCGAUAAUGUGGUACCUUUUGGUUGAAAAUGUCACAUUUUACGACUUGCUGGUUAAAUUCUUUUGAUUUAUGAGUCUGGACCCAUCUUGUGAGUGUAAAGUCACAGUCCUAAUGAAAUAAGACAAAAAAAUUGUCAAUUAAAUAAAAAUACUUGGUUAGAGUUAGAGAUGAGUUGAACAUUUUUAUUGGAAUUAUUUUUAAUUUUUUCAUGGCAAUAUAAUAAUGAUCUCUAAAUUAAAUAAAAAAAUGUAUAUUGGAAAUCUGGACUGUGACGAUAAAUGUGACGUUUUCAACCAAAAGGUACCACAUUGUCGCUUGUCGAUAAGGUUGAUUUCGAAUUGAAGCUAUAUGGAAAUAGCGCCUUAUUGACAACCGACAAUAAGUACCCUUUUGUUUGAAAAUGGCACAAAUAGUGUAGUUUAUUAGUAGGAAAGCCUUUUUGUAUUUUGGAGAUUGACAAUUUUAUCUAGAUUUUCUUACUAUAAACGAUUUUAGAAAUAUUUCUGAUGGCUCAAUUCUAAAUUACCUAUUUUGAAAUUUUGUUCCUUACUCAUUUUUUUUUUGUAAGUCGUUAAAUACGAUUUAGGCCUAAUGUUUGCGUCAGUAAAUGUUGUUUCUGACUAGGUACUGUAAAUGCACCUUAAGGUUUCAAACGAUUUAGUGCAAUAAGUAUGUUUGAAUAAGUUUUCAUUAAUGUGUCCUAUUUUUCUAUCCUACGCCAUCGUUUUUCUGAUAAUAUAACCUUUCGGACGCCUUAACUUGUCACUAUCUAUCCCUAAAAUAGGUAGUUAGGCUUAUUAGGCGUACUUCUGCAGCGGUUUUGAUAGCAGUCAUAAUUUCAUAGAAGACUUACGUUUAAAAUAACACUUGCACACUGUGCUAUCAAAAACGCUGCAGAGUUAGCUUAGCUUGACGUGCCUAUAAGGUACCAUUUAGCGAUAAAAUGGUCAGUGAGUACAAUGUAAAAGGUGUUUAAAAGGCUACUGUCAGAAAAUUAUGUUUACAGUACAUAUGGUGCUACUUUCUCGCACUAGUGCGUAAAAGAGCACUUUUCGUGCAUAUGUCGAAAGUUUAAAGGGCCAUAUGUACUGUAAAACGUUGUACGAUACACGUGCGAAUAGGUAAUUCGCAACUCGUGCCGUUUUAAAACACUCCUUGCGAUCGUGUUUUAAUUUAUCGCCACUCGUUUCGAAUUUCCUCUUUUCCGCACUUGUAUCGUAAAUAACUAUUAUACCGUAGGCUCGUUCGAUUUUGCGAAUUUAUUAUUAUGGUUGUAUUAAAAGUGGUCCCCAAACAUGAAAAAAGGAAGAAGAAAAUUUUAUAGAAAGUUGGGACAGCCGGGAAUAAAGUAAAGGUCAGAAAUUGAAUGGAAUAGAUAGUGCCUUAGUGUAAGACUUGAUUAUAUUAAACACUGCACGGUGUGUUACAUGGCACAAUACUCUUUCACUAUAAUAAUAAUUGCAAUUUUUUUAUUUUUUUUACUCCAUGACGAUAUAACCAUUUGUACUCAAAAGGGUAGGACUUAGAGUACUAAGACUCACAGUUUAUUUUACUCCUUUUAGAUCUUAAAAUAUAGACAAAAUCACGUGAUUCCGUCGACCAAUGAUUUAAUUCCAUAGAUACAAAAUGUUGAACUUCUUUGGUUGAACUACAGCCGCCAGUUUUGUGUGUACAAUCUUUUAAGUCCUAGUAUACUGAAACGCGGAUCCACGUACGAGGAAACUUAUUUGAAAAAAAAACCCGGCACGAGAGGUUAAUAUCCGAAUGGAAUUUAAUGAAAUUUAUAGGCAAAUAUUUGGAUUAGACCCAUUAAAAAAUAUAAAACAAACUUCAAAAACUUGAAUAAGGUUCACGGCACUCUACAAUAUACUCAUUCUUUAAGUAUACUUAAUUUAGGGUUUUUCAUGCGCUUUAAACAUCAGGUUGGAGCCGUGUCAUGAAAUUUGUAAAUCUCUUUUCAAUAUACAUAUAGAAAGUUUUUGAGAAACAACUGGCCCUUCGUCACAAAAAUUACACUUGAAGUACAAGCGUGAAAAAUUUAAUAAAGUCGAUAUUAUCUACUAACAUUGGCUGGAGAAGUAUAAUUUUGUGAUAAUUUUUUCCUAGUUUUUGGGCUUGUGACUGGUUUUGGUUUUAUUGGUUUUCCUAUGGCUACUCCGAACUGUUGAAACAUUUUAUUUAGGAAUGUUUUCUCAUUAUAAGAUUUUAUAUUUACCUUUAUAUGAUUAGUAUGUAGACCGUAUUGUAUAUGCUCCCUAGAAGUAUUUGAUAAAUAAAUAUACUUAAAAAUAAA